CAGAUACCCCUUGCACGUAUCUGUCUUUUUCUGUCUUUCCUGUCCAUCUACUUCACUUCAAGCCAUGUCGUCGUGAUUUCAGCCCAAGUCAAUGGCUCUUACUGCAGUGCAUACUGCCAUGCAUCUUGAGGAACCCAAGAACGUGCAUCCAUUCUUCUCCAAGCCUCCCAAAACCCAGGCCCUAGAGCCAACUGCGAACGACGUUACCACGAAUCAUCAUGAUGCGAACGAUGACCAGGACUAUGACGUGCAGGACACCAGCCCAAAGGCUCCAAAGCCGCGAAAGAAGCGCACAAGGAGAACCGCGCACACAAAGAACCAGCCGUCACUGGACAGCUUUGCCCGGCGACCAGCUGUCCAGUCGAAUGAGGCGGACGUGAAGGCCAGUGCAGAUGAACUGGCAGGAUCGUCGUUAGAAGAGGACUUGAAUCUGGAUCGAAGAAAACGAAGAAAGACAGUAUCACCGGAGCCUACAACGGAUGCAACAGAUGCAGGUCGAAUGGCUGCAGGACCGCCCUCAGAUCUGUACCAGCAAUUGCACGCUGAAGCUGGACUGACAGGGACACGAGAGGUCAUAGACGAUAUCAUGGUCGAUACACAUACACUGGUUACAAGUACACCAAAGGGCGAAGCACUGGGGUCCUCACCACCUAUCGCCGAGGACGCCCCAGAAGAUACUGUCCCGGAAUCAUCGUUCCCACAAGCAGCUAAGCCUACAUCACGGUCCGUCACACCACCGAAUGCUGGCGAACGCGUCGCAGAGACCGGCAACGAGAACGUCCCUUCAGAGGCUACCGGAAGUACGGCUGCCAAAAUCACCCCGAAGAAGCAGAUCAAAGUCACAAAGACCGGCAAGCUGGUAUCGAGUCCCCCGAACAAGCCUGACCCACCGACUUCAACAACACCGAAGCGAAGGGGUCGCCCCCGAAAAGCCGCUAAGAACAACAGUCUCUCUUCCACAGUCACGAUCAUUCGAUACGGUUCAGACAAUGCGUCCAGGCUGGCUAUUGGACAAAAGAUCGGUGCGAUCCUCAGUGGUGGCAAGUCAUCUGAGAAGCAUGUGUCGGUUGUCCCCCCUAAGCCUGCUGGACCGCCCAAGGCCCCUCAUCCGUUCUUUGCGGGCAAGGCUGGUCAGAAGAAGGUAGAAGCGCUCACAAAGCCGGAACCCGAGCGUCGCACUGUGACCCCCAGGAAGAGUGCGUGUACGCCGGGCAAGCUGAGAGCGGAGAGACGCAAGGAGCAGGAUGAUGAAGGUACGCCAGCCUUCGGGACGACAUCAAGGAACAGUCGAUUAGCUAAGCAGUCGGGGCUGAACGAACCCUCCUGGCCUUCACAGGAGACUGCGCAUGUCCGGAAUCUCGACAACGAAGCCAGAAAUGAGCCAUUACCACAGCCGCCGGGCACAGGCUUGACGUUGAGGCCUGCAAAGCUGAAGAGCAAUGUGUACACACUGUCCGCUGAGGAGGAAAUCAUCACGAGAUUGGUCGGCCAAUUGCCAAAGGACGUGACAAUUGGAUCAGACCCGACCAACCAGGAGUUCGCACCACCGGAGGACGUGCGUUUACCAACACGCUUGCUGACCACAGGAAUCGACAUCCAACACAAGGUGCGCGCCCAGAUCCGGGCACCGAUCGAGACAUUGGCACAGCGACUCUAUGCCAAAACACACCCAGCCAUCACCACGCUGUUUGAUGAGAUCGAGCACACACUUACACCCUUCGACGAAGGCAGAUGUGAGCCUCAGGCGUGGGCACAAAAGUACAGACCCGGGCGGGCAGACCAUGUACUACAAUCGGGCACAGAAGCAUUUGCACUCAAAGACUGGCUGAGAAGCUUAACAGUCAUGGCUGUAGGUGCCGCACAAGAUCCUUCGAAGACUAGUGCUCCGCUAGACAUGAAGAAGCCACCUAAGAAGAAGCGGAAAACGGCAGCGGAUGAUUUCAUUGUCUUUUCGGACGAAGAGGAUGAAGACGAGGAAAUGAUUGAGCUCGAUCCGAACCACGCCGCCCCAGGUCAAUACCCUUCCCUGAUACGGCCGCAAUGGACAAGAAACAAGAACGUGGUCCUUCUCAGCGGGCCUCAUGGGUGUGGCAAGAGCGCUACAGUAUACGCCGUGGCAAAAGAGCUGGACUUCGAAGUCUUUGAGCUUCACUCUGGUAUUCGACGCUCUGGCAAGGAUAUCCAGGACAAAGUUGGUGAUAUGACCGCCAACCACCUGGUAAAUCAUCAACGAGGGGACUUGCCCGCUAAGCCGAAGCCCGCUCCCGUUGUCGCGGAUAAUGACACAGACAAUGAGCGCGACAAAGCAUUCCAGAAAGAUCUCGACAGCGGAAGGCAAGGUACCAUGACUUCGUUCUUUACAGCAAAGCCUGCCACGAAGCCAAAGCCCAAGCCGAAAGUUCAGGUUGCAAUGAAGUCUCCUGCAAAGACUAGGACAAUUCCAGCCGCUCAAGCCAUGUUGCCGAUUGCAGGCGCCUCGCGCAAGUCACAGAAACAGUCGCUCAUUCUCAUCGAAGAGGCGGAUGUUCUGUUCGAAGAGGAUCAGAACUUCUGGGCGCAAAUCAUCAAGCUUGCUGCACAGUCCAAGCGACCCAUCGUCAUUACCUGUAACAACGAGUUACAGAUACCUACACAAGCAUUACCAAUGGCGGCUAUACUGCGUCUCACCCCACCUACUGUUGACCUCACGACGGACUAUCUAGUUGCACUAGCAGGCAGAGAGGGACACAUACUGCAGAGACAAGCCAUUAGUGAUCUCUACAACUCGAAGGGGCACGAUCUUCGAGCCAGUAUCACAGAGCUGAACUUCUGGUGCCAGAUGUCUGUCGGCGACAAGAAGGGCGGGCUGGAGUGGAUGUACCAACGUUGGCCGCCUGGCAAAGACGUCGAUGCCAAUGGUCGCUUGCUCAGAGUCGCGAGCGAGAAUACCUACCAGUCUGGUAUGGGUUGGCUGUCGCACAACGUGUUUGAGACCAAGAGCAACGUUGUGUUCGACAAGGAAGAAGAGCUACUGGCGGAAGUCUGGAAUGACUGGGGCAUUAGCCCGAUUUCCUGGAGUGCAGAAAACGAGCCCAUCAACAAGUCGAUGGAGCCCGAUAAAGACGCUCGAUCUACAAGUCUCGACGAACUCGACCGCCUAGUAGCUUUCUCCGACGCUCUCAGCGCCUCAGACAUAUACUCUCGCAUCGAUCUUCCCUCAUACGACGCCAUACACGACCAACCCAUGGAUCCCACUCUCCCCUCAAUAACCGGAAAAGAACGUCUGAGCUACACCAUCGACGCGCCUCUCCUUCAAGUGGACCCUCUCACAGACUUCCUCAAUCUCGACACAGCCCUCGCCACACAGACACAUAUCCUCGCAGCUCGCUUGUUUCCAGAUCUUGCUGCCCAUCACCCGCCAGCCGACCCUCAGUCCACAACCCUCGAAUCGACAUUUACGCAACAAAUCCUGACUCACAAAUCGCACCGUGCCACCCAUCGCCCCCUACCCCGCUCAUCCUUCUCAUCCGCCCUCGACACCCUCGCCACCCCUCCCUCGCCAUUCAACACCUACCCGGACCCCGCAAUCGACCACCGCUCCUCGUACAACCUGAUCUUCUCAUCUUUGGAUCGCCCUUUCGCGCUCAUCACACUGGAUAUCGCACCAUACGUUCGCGCUAUCGUGGCCCAUGAACAGGUCCUCGAAGCCUCACGCAUCAGACUGGGGAAUCUGCUGAGUGAAGGCGGGAGAGCGAAGCGGGGGCGGACGACGAGGGCAAGUCGUACGGCGAUGGGGGAUGGGGAGCGGGGGAGCAAGAGGAGGGAGCGGUGGUUCCCUAAAGACCUCAACUUCGACUUGGUCAUGCAGACUGCUGGAGAGAAAUGGGCGGGGAUGGGCUGGAAGGGCGAAGGUGCUGAGGAAGGGAGUGUGACUGGCAGCGCAACAGGGACACAGCAGAGCGAGAGCUUGGCGGGGACGCAGAGGAGUGGUGACGAUGGGGAGGGUGUGGAGAUGGUGGUCGAUGCUGAAGGAAACUGA